UUGCCGGGUCUCUGUAUCGUGGAACGCAUCGUCAUGGCGUAAAGUCCACCGCGUCCGUCUUCCGAGUCUUCUCGUCGGAGCUCAGUUCAAUACAAUAACUCAAUUGAAGGAAAAAUGGGUUCCAGCUUUCUCAUAUUGCUUCUGCUGCUUCUUCUUCUUCUUCUCAAUCUGCUCUUACCCUUUUCGUCUGGUAAAUCAGAUGGACUCUGUAUUUCACAAGGUGGUCGGUUUCCACCAUUCUCAUCCCAAGGGAAGCCUCCAAAAAGGGUAAGCAAGGGAUCAAAAGAUUUGACCCUUUGCAGGGUGUUCUGCCGAAAAACUUGCUGCGAUGCAGCUCAGACACAUCCUGCUUUGUUAACCAUUAGGAAGCUAGCUUCAACAGGAGAAGCCAGUCAAGAAUGCUUGCAAUUGUGGGAGCUAUUGGAGUGUUCAAUCUGUGAUCCACGUGUUGGUGUUCAGCCAGGACCUCCUUUAAUAUGCACCUCUUUCUGCGACAGAGUCUUUGGGGCAUGCUCUGAUGCUUACUUCUCCAUGGAGACUGUGACACAGGUUCUAGCACCAUGUGGAGUAAACGAUUUGGUUUGUGGUAGGGCUUCACAGUGGGUUCACAACGGUACAGAGCUGUGUCACGCUGCAGGUUUUGCAGUUAAAGAUGAUGCACAUGUUGAAGAAAAAUCAUGCUAUGGUAGUAAAGCCAGUCUUGAUUUGAUUGCUGAUUCGUGGAAAGCUUCACGGUCUGUGGUGCUGCAGAAAGGUGGUGGCUUGGGUGUGUUGGAUGACUUUCAGCAGUGGGCGGCGGAAAUGUCGUUUAGUGAAAGAGUUUCAUGGGCAGUCGGAGGGAUGGUUCUUACGGCAGGAUUGUUGUUUCUGAGUAUGUUACAUCUAGCACCAUGUGGAGUAAACGAUUUCGUUUGUGGUAGGGCUUCACAGUGGGUUCACAACGGUACAGAGCUGUGUCACGCUGCAGGUUUAGCAGUUAAAGAUGAUGCACAUGUUGAAGAAAAAUCAUGCUAUGGUAGUAAAGCCAGUCUUGAUUUGAUUGCUGAUUCGUGGAAAGCUUCACGGUCUGUGGUGCUGCAGAAAGGUGGUGGCUUGGGGGUGUUGGAUGACUUUCAGCAGUGGGCGGCGGAAAUGCCGUUUAGUGAAAGAGUUUCAUGGGCAGUCGGAGGGAUGGUUCUUACGGCAGGAUUGUUGUUUCUGAGCAAACGGAAAAGCUACAGUCAGCGUCAGAAGCUUGCCGGUAUUCAGCGGACUGCGAAGAAACUAGAAACCAAGAAGAGCCAGAAAUCUCCUGGCAAUCAAGGAAAUAAGAAGGGAAGAUGAUGAUCUCGUGUUAGGUGAGCGUAAUUAGUUUGUCAAUUUACAGGUGAAUCAUAGUUGAAUUGUUGUAAAAUUAAAACUUUUCUUGCUCUUGUACUAUUUUAUUAGAAGUAGACUUGUAUUAGCAGACAGUGUUUAUCCAAUAUUUUGGAUUCAUGAGUUUCAAUUUUGAAAAUUACAAUCUGGAGUUUCUCUUC